AUGCUCACGCGAGUAGCUCGUCGAAGACAAGCCCUUCGACUUGCUCAAGAUGCCAGUCAACGAAUCGAUCGACCCUUUCUUGGGCCAGCGAUCAGCCUCCCGCAUAACACUACUGUUCAGCGGAGGCCAAUUAAGACCAGACCAUCGUCGAAGAGCCGUCUUCCAACACCUUUGCCGUUACAGGCCAGGCGAUUGGCAUCAGCAGCGCCUUUACCGGAAUCGCAUGUAUGGAACGAUGACUACGCCUCAUACCUCUACGGCCAGGAGUCCAACUCAAGGCCACGCCUCCCACGAGUCAGCACCAAGCUAGCUGAUUGGGACGUGAACAAUCUAUUGCGUAUCGAGGCAACGACCGCCCUACCAUAUAUCGAGAGAAUCAAUACCGGCCAUGCGGAUCUUCGCGGAAACUCAAGCGAGAUCGAAGACCAUUUGGAAGCAUGCCUGGCGCUCAAGAAUUGGCCAAGGGCUCUCAAAAAUCUUGCGCAGCUCAAAAUCCUGUAUCAUAGCGACACGGGCAGACUGCGUCUGCAAUAUGAUCAUGUUCUGGCAGCCAUGGUGGACGACUUCAUGGAGUGUACGAGCUCCGAGGUCGAGGACCGCAUCACGCAAUGGAUCGAUCGUGACAUGAAGCAAGCUGGGCUAGAAGCUCAUGCUCAAACAAUAGCUCUUGUGAUAAAGGCUGCCUUAUUCGUUCCAAAUCGCUCGAAGCGCGACAGGACGGUUCGCCGCUACUGGGAUAUGGCUGAGCGGUACAAUCUGCAGGGCGAAAUUGUCGGCCUUCGCAACAUCUUGACGGAAAGAGACCUUGGAUUGAUCUCACAGAUUUGUCCUCUAGAGGCAGCAGACUUUCCCGAAAUCAUGUCAGAAGAGCCACCUGAAGAUGAGCCCGAAAUACUAGUGUCGAAAGACGUUCUGUCCCAGCGACCAGACCUGGAAAUAUUGCAGACAGAACAAAAGGGUGGGGGCAUGGAUGCUUUGAGAAAUACUCUAUCUUUAUUCAACGACGACGAAGAAAAGGUCCGAAUAAAUUCGCAACAUAGCACAGAAGAACAACAAAAGGUCGCACGCUCACGACAGGCUCGCCUAGAGCAUGAUGCUGUCACUUCAGCUGUAGAACGAUGGCGAAAAGAGCACCAAAAACUAGCAAAACAAGGCAUCACUGCUGGUCUGAACCAAGGUAACACGGGCGUGUUGAUGUGGCAAUGGCAUGAGAUCAUGCGGGACAAGAUCGUCGCAGAGAUCAAGAAGGUCGAAGAGGCUGAGAACAAAGUCAAAAAGACGGCACAAGACAGGUUGAGGAUUGAAUACGGUCCCUUCUUGCAACAGCUCAAGCCGGAAAAAUUGGCUGCUGUGGUAGGCAUUGGCAUGAUGCAAAUCAUGAACAAAGUCGGAGCGGCAAGACCAGUGAAGCUGAUCCGACUGGUCACCGAGCUCGGCAAAAUCGUGGAAUCCGAACGACAUGCUGAGGUUUUGCAGAAGACGAUGAAGAAAUGGUCGCAGGAGCGUUCAAAAGCCAAACGAAAUGGCAAAUCACUUGCUGACGUUGUGAAGAACUUGAAUCCAGAGCGCCCUGACAAUUGGGGCGUGACAUCUCGUGGCAAUCAUCCAGCUUCACAAAAGUACCUACGGACCUCGGAAUGGACAUCCGCAAUCCAUGUCAAGUUAGGGGCAAUCCUUGCUGAACUCUUCAUGGACUCUGCUAGAAUUCACGUCAGCCAUACAGAUCACAAGACCGGAAAGACGACAAAAAUCGCACAGGCCGUCUUCAUUCGAUCGAAAAUCUUCUCGGCGGGCAAGGGCAUAGGGGUGGUCUCGCUGCACGAAUCGUUCAUACCACACUUGGUACGACGACCAAACACCGAUGUAAUUGCGAAGCAGCUGCCUAUGGUAUGUGAACCACUACCAUGGAAGAACUUCACAGAAGGUGGCUACCUGCAAACCCAAGUCCCCGCCCUGCGGGUGAAGUUCAAAGAGGUGCUGCAAAAGGAUUAUGUCAAUGCAGCCGCCGCCAAUGGAGAUAUGGACCAAAUCUUUGCAGGCCUGGACGUGCUUGGGAAGCUUCCUGGAAGAUCAACAAGAAGGUCUACGACGUAA